AUGGCUACUAUCCACACCCUUAAAGGGGCCCUUAGACAGAGAGCGGCAGAAAUGGCUUCAUGUCCGACACAGCCGUUAUCUGAUGCGCAGUACGGUGCUGGCUUCGAUAUUAUAAUACAAGGCUUGGGGUGGACGAUAUACCGAGACUUUAUUAUUCCUCAAUUGUCUCAGCUACUAACACCACUCUUUAACUCGCGUGCUAACAUUUCAGUCUUAGAAAUCGGGCCCGGGCCGAAGAGUAUACUUGGAUAUUUACCUAGCCUUAUGAGGCAGAAGGUAAAAAAAUACGAUGCUUUUGAGCCUAACAACUUGUUCGCCGCCAGAUUGGAAGAAUGGUUUAAUUCUCCCGCGAAGACAGACUCCCCGUUGCCAAACCUCGGAGGCUUGCCUAAUAUCCAUAAAGUCCCAUUCGUUCUAGAUGAUCGCAUUGGGCGGCUUGCCAGAACGGAUGCGGACGAUGAUAACAAAUACGACGUCGUGCUUUUUUGUCAUAGCAUGUACGGCAUGAAGCCUCACCAUAAGUUCAUUGAACAGGGGCUGAGAUUGCUAGAUAAGCAGCAAGAAGGAGCAAUGGUAGUAGUUUUCCACCAUGACGAGACCCUCGACCUCGCUGGCUUGGUAUGCCAUCGGACGGCUUCUUACCCCGCUGGGGUCAUCAGCGUGGCCGACGAUGACGAAACAGUAGACCUUUUCGCUGCUUUCGUCGUGGGGUAUGUUAUUCAAGAUGUGGAUACGGCUGUCAAAGCCGAGUGGCGUAAGGUGUGUCGUAUGUUAGGUCGUCGCGACGAAGCCCACGCAGGAUAUCUCUUGUUCAGCUCGCCCGACGUUAUGGUGGCCUUCAACCGACAUGGGACAUCUUUAGCAGAAUUGACAGCGCAUGUGCCAUUAGUGAAGGGGGAUAGGAUAGUUAAGAACCGAGAGGCUAACUUCCACCGUCCCGCUUCAAUUAUGCGGCCGACAGAGAUCCGACACGUUCAACACUGCGUUCAAUGGGCGUUGAAGCACACAGUAGGCCUGACCGUUCUUAGCGGGGGUCAUAGUGGCCACUGUCUCCAGUUUGGUGUAGUCUCGGUGGACAUGACUGCCUUUAACAAAAUUCACAUUCACACGACUGGGGAGACUAAGGAGGGCGAGGAAUCUGGUUUAAGUUCUUUCGUCGUCGCCGAAGCGGGCUGUAAGACGGGGGAUAUUAUCAAUAAGACCAUGGAGGCGGGCUUAACAGUGCCCUUAGGGGCCCGCCCAAGCGUAGGCGCCGGGCUGUGGUUACAAGGCGGCAUCGGGCACCUAGCUAGGUUACAUGGGCUCGCGUGUGACGCUAUCAUCGGUGCCGUAGUGGUCAGCGUCGAUUCCGGCCAAGUACUCUACGUUGGCCAUGUGCCAAGCCAAUACCGGCCAGCCGACGCCGUACGCCCGCAAAACGAGGCCGAUUUGCUAUGGGCAAUAAAAGGCGCGGGCACCAACUUCGGCAUCGUGAUCAGCGUGAUCUUCAGGGCCCACGCAGCUCCAACCUAUUGGACUAGAAACUGGGUUUUCCCCCUGAAAGAUAAUAUUGAGGCGCGACGAAAACUUAGCAAUUUUGAUAAGCUCGUCGCUAGAGAUCUUCCUCGGAACUUUUCGGCUGACGCAUAUCUGUACUGGGAUGCUAACCAACUGCAUCUUGGUGUAACUAUGUUCGAAUCUUCGACUACUAUGUCGAUUAGGGAAAUACUAGGACCGGAGGAUAAUUUGAAGAAAGUAGACGGCGUUGGUUUAUUCGAGACGGAGAUGUAUAUGUCCGGGAUGCAUGGUGGGCACGGCGGCGGCAAGACCUCCUCGUUCAAGCGAUGCUUAUUCUUAAAUGAUAUCGGGGAAGCGAACAUUUUUGACAUCUUGGUAAUGGCUAUUGAAACUCGUCCAUCCCCACUUUGCUAUCUCCAUCUGCUACAUGGUGGUAAAGCUGUGAGCGACAUUAAGAGCGAUGCCACCGCUUUCGGCUGCCGAGACUGGGACUUUGCCUGUGUGAUAACUGGAGUCUGGCCGCGUGAUAAAGAUGGGACGGAAACAGCCCGCGCUGCCGUGCGGUGGGUUUACAACGUCGCCAACAACCUGUUGCCUUUGAGUAGUGGAGCUUACGGUGCUGACCUCGGACCGGACCCCCGGGACGCCGCCCUUGCUACAAAGGCGUUUGGACCGAACCGGUCGCGCCUAGCCCACCUGAAGCGAAAAUUAGAUCCGUAUAAUAUACUAGCUUACGCCUGUCCGCUGCGGAAAGCACCGAGGGAACCUCGACUUAUCAUCCUUGUAACAGGCGAAAGCUGUGCUGGCAAAGACUAUUGCGCUGACAUCUGGGUCUCCGAACUCAACGACAAAGGCUUAGCAGCAUGUGCAGUCAGUAUCAGCGAUGCGACCAAGCGAGAAUACGCCGCGGCGAGUGGCGCUGACCUAAACCGCCUACUUCUAGAUCGUGCUUACAAGGAGCAGCACAGGCCAGCAUUGACAGCGUUUUGGAAAGACCAGGCACGGCGACGGCCUCGGCUACCAGGGGAACAUUUUUUAAACGUAGUACACGGCGCUGAAGAAAUUGAUGUACUGCUAAUCACUGGGAUGAGGGAUGAAGCGCCUGUUGCGACCUUGUCAUAUUUGGUGCCACACAGCAGGUUACUCGAGGUUCGUGUCCAAGCCAGCGAAGAGAUGCGGCGGGCUCGCGGAGGGAGUCAAGGCGCUGGACCUGGUGGUGGUGAAAAGACUAGCAAUUACCGUCCUAACUUCAUCUUCAACAAUAACAUGGCUGGAGAUGAGAUAAUCAAAAAUUUUGUAGAACGGACCCUGCUUCCGUUUUUUCAUGAAGACCUACAGCGUCUAGCCAAUAUGGUGCGCCCGGUACCUGACUUUCCACGCCGAGGUAUCAAGUUCCGUCAUGUGCUAGAUAUCUCGCAGCAGCCCGGUGGCCUGACCUUAUGCACAUCUCUGCUUCAAACUCACUUCACUGGCGAUUGGGCUAAUGUUUCUGCGAUGGUGAGUUGCGAGGCUGGCGGCUUUAUCUUCGCGUCGGCGUUGGCUACGCAGGUCGACGUACCCUUGGCGCUAAUCCGCGAAGCCGGGAAGCUUCCCCCGCCUACCAUUUCCAUUGCCAAGUCCACAUCGCAUAUUUCGUCUUCAACAUCCAACAAUACGGGCGAGAAGAGGAUCGAAAUGGAGCGGGACGCGAUCCCCAGGGGCGUGUCAGUAGUAGUAAUAGACGACGUACUUGCCACGGGGGAAACGCUUUGCGGGACAUUACAGUUAUUGAACGAAGCUGGUAUUAAAGCCGAGAAUAUCAGCAUCAUGGUUGUGGCCGAGUUCCCUGCUCAUCGUGGCCGGGAAGUGUUACGCCAGCGUGGGUUUGGAACAGUCAAUAUUCAAAGUCUUCUAGUUUAUGAUGGUGCGUAA